AUGAUUCUCCAUGAAAGAUCAUUGGACGUCCUCGUCAAGCUUGAUGUCAAGAAUGCAUUCCUGCAUGGUGAUUUAUUCGAGGACAUGUACAUGUCUCCUCCUCCUGGUUUUCCCACAUUCUCCAAGAGUUUGGGUCCUCUUCGGUACUUUCUCAGUCUUGAGAUUUCCGACACCUCCGAUGGGUACUUUUUCUCUCAAGCCAAGUAUGUCUCCAACCUUCUGUCUAGAGCAGGUCUCACUAACUCUAAGACCGAGCCUACGCCUCUUGAUUCUGACUGUCGCAUUACUCUAAUGGAUGGCGUCCCUCUUGACGAUCCUACCUUAUAUCGUCAGCCAGUGGGAAGCUUGAUAUAUCUUACUGUUACUCGACCUGACACUGCCUAUGUUGUUCAUAUCCUCAGUCAGUUUAUGUCCGCUCCUCGGACGACUCAUUAUUCUGCUGUUUUACGGAUUCUUCGGUACGUCAAAGACACUCUCCUCCAUGGUCUCAAUUAUUCAGCUCGCUCGUCCUUGGUUUUAACUGGGUACUCUGAUGCUGAUUGGAAACAAACGGUCAUCUCCCGGUCCAGUGAGGAGUCCAAAUAUAGAGCUCUUGUCGAUACCACUGCCGAGCUUCUAUGGCUUCGAUGGUUACUGGCUGAUCUCGGUGUGUCUCAGCACUCUGCUAGUACUAUUCAUUGUGACACUCAGAGUGCCAUGAAGAUUUCGACAAAUGAUGUUUUUCACGAGCCCUCGUUUACCCGGCCGCUUUCAGUCAUUCUUGAGAAAACUCAAGCUGGUUUUUCACACUCCCACCUUGGGUUUAAGGGAGGAUGUUGA